GGAACACGGCCCCUCAUCCUUGAGGCAGCAGGCUGGCGAUCAUCGUUGUCGUCACCUCUAGCUGCCUAUCGUUAUGCCUCCCCGCACAAACAAACCCUCAACGAUUAAUAUUGCCUCAAUGGCUGCUACUCACAACCUCCUGCUCGGCUCUUCCAAUUUUCACAACUUGACUCUCGCACAGCAGGUUCUUACUAUCAGAUCUCAACGUUGAAUUCGACAAAGCACGAUUCCGCAAGUAAACACUAGCAGGAUGAAGAUUCUCGUUCUCGGAGGCACCCAAUUCGUCGGUCGAGCCGCAGUCGCCGAAGCCGUGUCUCGCGGCCACGAAGUCACGACCCUGAACCGCGGGACCAGGGCCCCCGAGGAGGGCGUGACCGCCCUCGUCGGCGAUCGUCUAGCGCCAGACGGCCUGCGAGCCCUCGAGGGCAGGGCCUUCGACACCGUCAUCGACACCUGGCCCCGCGACGCCGCCGCCGUCGAGACGGCCGUCGACGCCCUCCGCGGGCGCAUCGGCCAGUUCAUCUACGUCUCGAGCAUCAGCGUCUACCUUCCGGACGACGACCCCCACUUUACCGAGGACUCGCCCGUCCUGGACCCAGACACCAGCGACUUCAGGUACGGCGCCGACAAGCGCCGCGGCGAGCUCGCCGCCCAGGCGUCCGGCGUCCCCACCGUCAUCGCGCGGCCCGGGCUGAUCCUGGGCCCGCACGAGGGCGCCAAGGGGCGGAUCCCGUGGUGGCUGAACCGGAUGCUCAGAGGCGGGCCCACGCUGGCCCCCGGGCCGCCGGACUCGCCGCUGCAGUUCAUCGACCCGCGGGACCUCGCGCGGUUCCUGGUCGACGCGGCCGAGGCCCGCGGAGGGGGCGUCUACAACACGCUGAGCCGGCCCGGCCACUCGACCAUGCGGGAGCUGCUUGAGACGUGCAGUGCCGUGACGGGCGGGCGGGCGGAGCUGAGGUGGGUGGAUCCCGAGACGGUCCUCGCUAAGGGUAUUCUGCCGUGGACGGAGAUGCCUGUCUGGAUGCCGCCUGGGAAGAAGCACGGGUACUGCUUCAAUGUGGAUGUCACGAAGGCUUUUGAGGCAGGGCUGCGCGUCAGGCCGGCGAUGGAGACGAUUGUGGAUACGUGGGAGUGGUUGAGGGGCAUGGAUGAGUCUUCCGAAUCUAGCACUUAUGGCCUCGGAGACCUGGGCUUGGAUCCUGAGAAGGAAAUGGCUGCGUUGGAGUGAACGGCACAGGAAGCGGUCAGGGCUCAGGGGUUAUCCAGGCAUUGAGAUUAAACUGCCCUUCUAAGUAUGUUGAG